CAAAUUUAAUCCGAUUAAUCAAAAUCAAUUAAUUUAGAAUUUUACUUAAAAUAAUACACACCCCUACAAAUACAUAGUUGUUAACAUAUUGGGUUAAUUAGAACUUUAUAAUAACUUAAAUUUAAAUUAAGUCUAUAAAAUUAUAUAUUCAUAAUUAGAUAAUCUGAAAAAUAGGGUGUCGAUUACGGCAGGCUUUAGUCACUUGGCCUCAGUUCAGUCGCCAUCCUCGUUAAUUUCCACGAGCAAAUGGGGCCCAAUGGUAAAUUUUUCCCAUUAAAACAGCCACUGCCCACAUGCUUCCAAUUCAUGUCACAUUUUCUUCGGUCAACAUGUGUUGACUAUUUUGAGUGUUUCUUGGGCUUCGUUUUCCUUUUCCUCCCUGUGAGAUUAUAAAAAUCACUGAUUAUUCAUUCUCACUAUAGCAAGCAAACCCCAAAUCAGACACUCACAUGCGAGGAAUGUCUCGAGAUUCUUUCUGGGUUCUCAUCAAUCUGUAGGGUUUUUCUUGUUAGAUCAGUCACCAUUUCCCCUAUUUAGGAGAGAAACUGCCAGUUCAAUCGGCUUCCAGAGCCCAAAUCUGAUAUCACUUUGAAAGAAUGUCUUAGAAUCUUAAAGGGUUCUGAAGUUUUAGGUCUUUAAUUGGUAGAUCAGUCACUAUCAGUUCAAUUGGCCAGUGUUGGGACUGGCAUAUGGAACUGAAGAAAGAGAAGCUUGUAAGGUUCUAUUCUGAUGGGAAAGAGCAAAGCAAUUUGUUAUGGGGAAGAGCUGACCCCUCAUACCUAGAAAAGUCAUCGUCUGGGUAUAGGGUUUCGUCCUCCUUGCUGAAAAAUGAUGCUGGAUUUGUGGGUAGAAGUAAAAUGGGCGAACCACUUAAAUUUGGGAGGUCUAAGGCAUUUCUGCAGGAGCCUGAGCCAUGGAAUAAGCAAAUACUUGAUCCGGGUAGUGAGAUAGUGUUGCAAUGGAACCGGGUUUUCAUAGUUUCAAGUUUGGUUGCGCUUUUUAUUGACCCACUAUACUUUUACCUGCCCGGUGUAAGAGGGACUAAGGACUCUCAGUGUGUGAAGACUGACUUGAAUUUAAGAAUUGUGGUUACCUGUUUCCGGACAGUAGCAGAUUGUUUCUAUUUUCUGCAUAUGAUUAUUAAAUUUAGAACGGCUUAUAUUGCACCAAGCUCUCGGGUAUUUGGGAGAGGUGAGCUUGUCAUGGACCCCAAGAAGAUUGCUCAAAGAUACCUGAGAUCUGACUUCUUCAUUGAUCUGAUUGCGACUCUGCCACUACCUCAGAUAGUUAUCUGGUUCAUUAUACCAGCUACAAGGAGUCCUCGAGCUGAUCAUAACAACAACACUCUUGCGCUUAUUGUUCUAUUCCAGUAUGUCCCCAGGUUAUAUCUGAUUUUCCCAUUAAGUUCACAGAUGAUUAAAGCAACUGGAGUUGUCACAAAAACUGCUUGGGCAGGGGCUGCAUAUAAUCUGCUAUUGUACAUGCUGGCUAGCCACGUUUUAGGGGCAUCAUGGUAUUUGCUGUCAGUUGACCGGUAUACAUCGUGCUGGAAAUCAAUAUGCAAACAGGAAUCUGGCCCUCCAAAAUGCUUACUUCACUAUUUGGAUUGUGAGACUUCUAAUGAUGUUGAUCGCAGGAGCUGGACAAAUGUUACUUUUAUGUUUAAGAAUUGCGACCCUUACAAUGAUAAUAUUACGUUUGCCUAUGGCAUAUUUGAAAAAGCAGUGAAAGGAGAUGUUGUCUCCUCAAAUUUUAUUGAGAAGUACUUUUAUUGCUUGUGGUGGGGCCUACAGAACUUAAGUUCGUAUGGCCAGAACUUAUCAACAAGCACAUUUAUUGGGGAGACAAUGUUUGCCAUCCUGAUUGCCAUCUUGGGUCUUGUUUUGUUUGCACACCUGAUAGGGAACAUGCAGACAUAUUUGCAAUCUUUAACGGUGAGGCUUGAAGAAUGGAGGCUUAAGCGAAGAGAUACGGAAGAGUGGAUGAGGCAUCGCCAACUUCCUGAGGAUCUGAGGAAACGUGUUCGACGUUUUGUUCAAUAUAAGUGGCUUGCAACUCGAGGAGUAAAUGAAGAAGCAAUUCUUUGUGGUUUACCUGCUGAUCUGCGUCGUGAUAUCCAACAGCACCUCUGCUUGGACCUUGUUCGACGAGUUCCAUUCUUCUCACAGAUGGAUGAUCAGUUACUCGAUGCAAUCUGUGAGCGUCUGGUCUCCUCAUUAAGCACUGAAGGCACCUAUAUUGUUCGUGAGGGUGACCCUGUAACGGAGAUGCUUUUUAUUAUAAGGGGAAGACUGGAAAGUUCUACGACAAAUGGAGGCCGGACUGGUUUCUUUAAUUCUAUUAUAUUGAGACCCGGUGAUUUUUGUGGGGAGGAGCUACUUUCCUGGGCUUUGCUUCCAAAAUCCACUAUGAAUGUACCCUCUUCAACUCGGACAGUUAGGGCUCUUGUUGAAGUAGAGGCAUUUGCGUUGCGAGCUGAAGAUCUUAAGUUUGUGGCCAAUCAAUUUAGACGUCUCCAUAGUAAGAAACUGCAGCAUACAUUCCGGUUCUACUCCCACCAUUGGAGGACAUGGGCAGCCUGCUUCAUACAGGCAGCUUGGCGACGAUACAAGAGGAGGACGGCCAAAGAGCUCGCUGCAAUGGAGUCUUUUGCUUUGGAUGAGCAAGAAGGUAGUGAGACCGAGCAAGAGGAGCAGCAGGAAUCUGAUCCUGUAUCCGGACCUUCGCAGGCAAAACCAAACCUUGGAGUCACUAUAUUGGCUUCAAGAUUUGCUGCAAACACUAGAAGAGGAGCUCAGAAGAUUAAAGGUGUGGGCCUCCCUAAAUUACAGAAACCUGAAGAGCCUGACUUCUCUGCUGAACCAGAUGAUUAGUUUGUCUACACCUGCUGGAGAUAUGUAACAGCUUGCAUUGACCAUUGCAAAUUUUGAAUGUUCUUUCGGAUACGCUCCAAAAACUGUUGCCAAUGGAUCCUGAAAUCCUGGCUUUAUGCAAGGAUGUAUAUGUAACCCACCCCCCCCCCCCCCCCCCCCCCCCUUGCUGUCUCACGUACCAUCUCACACGUGGAGGAACUGCAUCUGCCUUUUGUAUGUACAAUCUAUGUUUACCAGCAACAUCAGUAUCUUUACAGUCUUCUUUAGUUUGGGACAAGGCCUUCUUGUAAUUAAGCCAUUUGGUCAUUGUGCCAGUUUAUCUGUCACACCCUAAUAUCUGAAGGGUUUAUAAUCAGUCAGACAACAUUUAACUUAUAGAAUCA